AUGGGUGCCUCUCCAAAAUGGGCUUCUUUUCUGCUGCUUUUCUUAUGUGUUGUUUUUCAUUUGGGUGCAAUCACCCUUGCCGAUCAAAGAGUUGAUGAAACUAGGUUUCGCAAUGAUGAUAACUACUGUGGAUGGGGCCGACGAUGUGGCGGUCGCUAUGGUCGUGGACGUGGAGGUGGACUAGGAGGUGGAGGUGGAUUUGGUGGAGGUGGUGGCUUUGGUGGUGGUGGUGGAGGUGGUGUUGGGGGUGGAUCGGGUCAUGGAGGAGGCUUUGGAGCUGGAGGAGGAGUAGGUGGUGGAGCUGGAGGAGGAAUUGGUGGUGGUGGAGGAGGAGGUGGAGGUGGAGGGGGAGGCGGUGGAGGUGGUCUAGGUGGUGGCUCAGGUCACGGAGGAGGCUUUGGAGCAGGAGGUGGUGUAGGUGGUGGAGUUGGAGGUGGCGCUGGAGGUGGUGGUGGUGGAGGAGGAGGAGGUGGUGGAGGUGGCGGUGGCGGUCUUGGUGGCGGCUCAGGUCAUGGUGGAGGCUUUGGAGCUGGAGGUGGUGUAGGUGGUGGUGUUGGAGGUGGGGCUGGAGGUGGUGGUGGAGGAGGAAGUGGUGGUGGAGGUGGUCUUGGUGGUGGUUCAGGUCAUGGUGGAGGCUUUGGAGCUGGAGGGGGAGCCGGAGGUGGUGGAGGGAGAGGAAAUGGUGGUGGUGGUGUUGGAGGUGGUGGAGGAUUUGGAAUUGGCAUUGGCAUAGGAGUUGGAGUCGGAGCUGGAGCUGGUGCUGGUCAAGGAUCCGGCAGUGGUUCUGGUGGCGGCAAUGGUGGCGGCAAAUAA